AUGCCUCGCUCAAAUAUAGUUCAUCGCCGCUCGAUACAGAGCAAUACCGAGGAUGACGAUGAUGAAGAGGAGGAAGAUCCGAUCAUGAACCGGACUCCUUUGUCGACCGGGUCCCCAACCGCAACGAGGCGAUUACACUCGACGCGGACGUUGGAACAUGACCUGAGGAGCCGACUACCCUCGAGGAUUGCAGACGAGGACUCUAGUUUGCUCGACAAUGGCAGCGUUAGACGCAAGAGUUACACAGAGCCCAAUACGGCAGUACCACGCUUUUCGAGGGUCAACAGCGUGAGCAGCUUCAAAGUUCCACGAAACCACUCUAGAGUCAACUCCUUAGGCUUUCGGCUUGCCAGUGCCUUGGGAACCGGACGCCUGUUUCCUGAUCUGACCGACUCCAAAGGAACAAUCUACAUGGACGAGAGGGUUUGGUACGACCAGUUCACAUCUACAGAUUGGGUACAUGACAGCAUAGCCGACAACUUUCGGGUUCGCGAUCUACGAGCCCGAAAAGACAUACGUGGACGCAUCUAUGCCUGGUUUGAUGGUGCUCAAGGCUGGAUUCUUGUCGCUGUCAUUGGUUUUAUCACCGCUUGUAUCGCUUACUUUGUCAACCUGACCGAGACAUCUGUUUUCGACGUCAAACAGGGCUAUUGCACGCGGGGCUGGUAUCUUGGUCGAAAGAAGUGCUGCUAUGGCCAAAAACCAUGCAACGAUUGGAUCACCUGGAGUGAGAACGUACAUGGGUCGAAAAGUUCAGAUACCAGAUUGGUUGACUUUGCAUUUUAUGUAUUCUUUGUGGUCAUCUUUGCCAUGACCUCUUGCAUCAUGACCUUGCUCACGCGGACCGAGAUACCUUCAGCAUUUUCUCUAACGACUUUGGAUGAAAAUCUGGGCGCAAGCAAUCAGCAGCAAUCUACUAACGACGAUAAGGCGCUCCCGAGCCCAUUUCAACCCAAUGAACCAACCUCGCCAGCCACAAUAGUCUACUACCCUGCGGCUGGCAGCGGAGUCGCAGAGGUGAAGGUCAUUUUGAGCGGCUUCAUCAUUCACAGCUACUUGGGUGUCCGAACACUCGUCGUGAAGACUCUAGGAUUGAUUCUGAGUGUGUCAUCUGGCUUGAGUUUGGGUAAAGAAGGUCCAUACGUGCAUAUUGCCACUUGUGUUGGGAAUGUUGCCUGUAGGCUAUUUCCCAAGUACAAUCAUAAUGAUGGGAAGAGAAGAGAAAUGCUCAGCGCAGCUGCCGCCAGCGGCGUUGGGGUAGCCUUCGGUGCACCCAUCGGUGGCGUACUAUUCAGCUUGGAAGAAGUAAGCUACUAUUUCCCAGCGAAGACUCUCUUCAGGACUUUCUUCUGCUGUAUAAUUGCGGCUAUUUCGCUGAGAAUCCUCGACCCAUAUGGAACAGGCAAGAUUGUAAUCUUUGAAGUCCGCUAUUCGAACGACUGGAAGGCCUUUGAGAUGAUUGCAUUUAUCGUCCUCGGCGUUUUAGGAGGCGCGUUAGGAGCUUUUUUCAUUAAGGCAUCGCGAAUAUGGGCCAAAUCCUUCCGGAGCCUACCUUUUAUCAAACGGUGGCCAGUCCUGGAAGUUGCUCUAGUGGCUUUGAUUACAGGAGCAGUCAGCUUCUGGAAUCGAUAUACUAAGCUUGCGGUUACCGAGCUUCUCCUAGAAGUCUCAAGCCCAUGUCGCGAUAAUCUUAGCGGCUUAUGCCCCCAGAAAGGCGAGGAUAUUCUAGGAGUAGUCCGAUACCUCUGUAUUGCGUUCGUUAUCAAAGCUCUUCUCACUAUGAUCACAUUCGGUAUCAAAGUCCCAGCUGGUAUAUACGUUCCCUCUAUGGUUGUUGGAGGGCUUAUGGGCCGGAUCGUCGGUCAUCUUGUACAGUAUCUUGUCGUGAUGCACCCUGACGCUGGACUGUUUCGCGCAUGCCCUAAAGGCGAUGGGAUGGAAGGCUGCGUAGUUCCUGGUGUUUAUGCUCUGGUAGCCGCUGGAGCAACGAUGUGUGGCGUGACCCGUCUCUCCGUGACGCUCGCUGUCAUCCUGUUUGAGCUAACAGGGAGCCUGGAUCACGUCCUUCCUUUCUCGGUCGCAGUUCUCGUCGCGAAGUGGACAGCUGAUGCCAUUGAGCCUCUCAGCAUUUACGAUCUCCUAACCGACAUGAACUCAUAUCCCCUCCUGGAUAACAAGAUUCGGCCUGUGUUCUCGGAAGAUUUGAGCGCCAUAACGCCUCCAGUCGUCCGGGCCAAUCGUGUCAUCGACACCUCCACUUCACCGCUGGUUUCUGCAUCGGCUCUCCGCCGCAAAUUGGAGCGGCUACAUAACGCGGGUGAACUUGACGGUGGUCUCCCCAUCCUCCGCAACGGGGUCCUCGUCGGCCUCAUCCCUGCUCCCGAUCUUGAAUUCGCACUCGACAAGCUAGAGGACGAAGAGCAUGCACUCUGCUUGAUGGCCACCGAUAUUUCUUGGCAUGACACGAUGAGUAUUGAAGAGGAUCAUUGGUCGGAAGAUGAGCGCCGUGACCCAACUGAUCUCACGCCAUAUAUCGACCCUGCUCCCAUUGCGUUAGAUAUACACAGCCCAAUGGACCAAGUUUUCCAGUGCUUCACAAAACUCGGGCUGAGAUAUGUAUGCGUGCUGAAAGGGGGAAUGUACGCUGGUAUGGUGCAUAAAAAGACUUUUGUUAAGUAUGUCAAGGAAUUGGAGGAGAAAGGGCAUGCGGAGACUUACUGA